CUCUCUGCGGUCUCUCUUUUCAUUCUCUCGCUCCCGGAGUCCAUUCGGCUAUCGGGUGUGUGUGAUCAAACGUAUUCUCCCUCCUCUCUUUCUCUCUCUUCGUUCCGUAUCUCUCAGUUUGCUCUGUUUACUCAGAGCGGCUGUCGUCGAGUGUGUGUGUGCGCGCCAGUAUGCCAUGUCGUCUCUGAGUUCGUCGUUUGUCCAGAUAAAACAUGAGGACCUGCGGUUCUAUGAGAACUGUGGAGGGGGCAGCUUUGGGAGUGUCUACCGAGCACACUGGAUAUCUCAGGAUAAAGAGGUCGCUGUGAAGAAACUACUCAAGAUCGAGACUGAGGCUGAGAUUCUGAGUAGCCUCAGUCAUAAGAACAUUAUUCAAUUCUAUGGCGCCGUGCUGGAGUCCCCCAACUAUGGCAUCGUCACAGAGUAUGCGGGCGGAGGUUCUCUGUAUGAGUACCUCUCCAGUGAACAGAGUGAGGAGAUGGACAUGGAACAAAUCAUGACCUGGGCCAUGGAGAUAGCCAAAGGAAUGCACUAUCUCCACUCGGAAGCCCCGGUCAAAGUCAUUCACAGAGACCUCAAGUCACGAAACGUGGUGUUGACAGCAGACAAAGUCCUCAAGAUCUGUGAUUUUGGAGCGUCUAAGUUCCAGUCCCACACCACCCACAUGACAGUGGUGGGCACCUUCCCCUGGAUGGCCCCAGAGGUCAUACAGAGCCUACCUGUAUCAGAGACCUGUGAUACCUACUCCUACGGCGUGGUGUGUGUGCGGGAGGGGAGGCAUCUAAUAUUUUCUACGUCAAGUGUUUUUUUUCAGGAGAAUAUGUCCUGUAUCAUCGUGUGUGUGUGUUACCAGGUGCUAUGGGAGAUGCUGACACGGGAGGUUCCAUUUAAAGGCUUCGAGGGGCUGCAGGUGGCUUGGCUGGUGGUGGAGAAACAAGAGAGGCUGACCAUCCCCACCAGUUGUCCGCCUAGCUUCGCUGACCUGAUGAAGAAGUGCUGGCAGGCCGAACCAAAGGAGCGUCCAGUGUUUAAGCAGGUUUUGGGGACUCUGGAGACCAUGUCUAAAGACAGCAGACUACCAGAACAGUGUAACUCCUUCCUACACAACAAGGAUCAGUGGAGGUGUGAGAUCGAUGCCACGUUGGAGAGGUUGCGGAGGCUGGAGAGAGACCUGAGUAGCAAAGAGAAGGAGCUGGAGGAGAGAGAGCUGAGACUGAGACUGUGGGAGGAGAGACUGAUGGAGCGGUCCAAUGUCACCCCUGCACUAUUGACCAUGGGAUCCGCAAUGUCUAUCUCGCUCCGCGAGAAGGCAGUCCUCUUCAAAGACGGGCCAGACACUGUGGGCCACUUGAUGGAAGUCCAGACCGGUAAGAGCGCAAAAGACAAGACUCUGAAGCGCUACUCGCCAUGGAGGCGGAUUGUGAAGAAGAAGGGCUCCAAGAAGGUGCAGGCCCACGAGAACACCAACCAAAACAACAUUGCCCAUCUGAGUAAUGAGAACCUGGAGAAGUCUCAGUCCUUCUCCAACCUGUCCACCCUCAUCCUGGAGAAGUCUCAGUCCUGUGACAAGCUGUCCACCCAGGACCAGAGCACUCCAGCCAUCUCCAACAGCUCCAACAACGCCGCCUCGUCGGUUGAGAAGUUCCCCUUAUGCAACUCAAACACGGCCCCCGACACGCCCCAGAUGGUGACCGUCCAGGACCUCGACACGCCCAGGAGGCUGGUGAUGGUCCACGCUACAACCGGCGAGCUGCUGCGCUGCCUGGGUGAGUUCCUGUGCCGGCGCUGCCACCGGCUCCAGGACAUGUCUUCCAUGGACCCGGUGCUGUGGCUGCGGGUGGUGGACCGUUAUCUGCUGGACAACUGCUAUCAGAACCAGAGCUGCAUCAAUCCGGCCACUGUGGUCUUCCUCUACAUGCUGUGCCGCGAGGCGGUAUCCUCCGAGUUGGCCACCUUGCACGAGCUGCAUGCCGUGCUGCUCACCUGCUUCUACACGACCUGCUCCUACAUGGGCAACGAGAUCGCCUACCCCCUGAAACCCUUCCUGGUGGACACCUGCGGGCAGACCUUCUGGAUCCGCUGCAUGUCCAUCACCAAGCUGAUGAGUGACAAGAUGCUCCAGAUGAACACAGACCCUAACUUCUUCUCCCAGGUGUUUGCUGACCUGAAGAACGAGAGCCAGAAGGAGGAGAAGAAGAGCCGCCUGCUCAGCGGUGUGUACAGCACUCAGUGAGGGACC